AUCAUCCUGAGACAAUGGAAGACGUGAAAAUAAAGCAGCCCAAACAGCAACAGGCAACAGAAAUUCACUCUGAUAAAUUAUCUCGACUUACCACUUCAGCAGAAAAAGAGACUAAAUUAGUCUUUACAAAUCCUUCCUCUGCUUCUUUUUCUGGUCCUGCUGCUAAUCUUCUGCAGAAAGUUCCCAACAACCAUUUGUCAUCUAUUAUUACAACCUCUGACCUCGCACCAGGGCCUGGUCACCAAGCUUCUUUAUCUCAGAUUCCUCCAGCCAUCCCCAGCAUGCCUCACCAGCCAACAGUGUUGCUGAGCACAGUCCCUGACAGUGCUUCUCCCUCCAUUCAUCCUGGGACACAGAACGUACUAAGCCCCGCUGGCCAGCCACGCUGUCGAUCAGGCAGUUACACCAUUGGCCCCUUUUCCUCUUUCCAGAGUGCUGCACACAUCUAUAGCCAGAAACUGUCUCGUCCCUCUUCAGCAAAGGCAGGUGAGUGGGAAAAUGAAAGGCAGCCUGCAGUGUCAGCUCCUCCCAGCCCCA